AGAGAAAAAUAAAAUAAUACUACCUCCGUCCCAGAGUAUUUGUCCACUUUUAUUUUUACACACCAUCCAAUACACUUCUUUAAUCCAUUUUAUCUUGUAAUUUGUAUAUUAAAAAAUUAUAGAAAUUAUAUAUUAAUAAUCUAUAUGUUAAGACAAAUCAAACAAGAUCACACAUGACUAUAUUUAGGCUUACACAUUGAGAGAAUUUGAUGAGUCAAACACAUUUUUAUGCUUCUAAUGUUUCCCAGUUUUUUUUUUUCUCUGAUUGAUUUAAUCCUCUGCAUGCAUGUCAUAAGAAGGUUUUGAGGAGUACGUAGUAGUACCUUAAUUCUCUCUUAUUCGUCCUAAAUAUAUCAAUGGCGCAAUUGCCCCCGCGGGCGCCGCCGAACUUGGCCGCGGCGCCUAUCUGGCAUGACUUUGCGCUGCAGAAGCCGUCGCCGCCGCCGCCGCUGCCGCCGGCGGCUUCAGUGGCGCCGUCGUGGGUGGACGAGUUCCUCGACUUCUCGUCUGCCAAGCGCGGGUCCCACAGGAGGUCGAUAAGCGACUCCAUAGCGUUCCUGGAGAGCCCGAUGGCGGAGGAGUGCCGGCGGCUGUCCACUCCCGGCGGCGGCGGCGGCAACGAGUUCGACCGGUUCGACGACGAGCAGCUCAUGUCGAUGUUCAACGACGACGUGGCGGCGGGGCUGACCAGCUCCAACACGUCGUCGCCGACGUCCGACCACAACAGCAUCAACAAUGACGGCGAGGACUGCAGUAACAGUUUCAUUAAGCUGAUGUCCGGCGGGUAUGAUCGACGCCGGUGCCAUAUGACGGCGGCGCCGCCGCAACAGCAGCUGAAGAGCGAGCCGGAGGAGGAGGAGAGCUCUUGUAAGUCCGAGGAUCAAGCUGCGGAUAAUAACUCUUCUGAAAAGAUUGUUGAUCCUAAACGAAUUAAGAGGAUAUUGGCGAACAGACAAUCAGCCCAACGAUCGAGGGUGAGGAAAUUGCAGUACAUUUCGGAGCUUGAACGUAGCGUUACCACCCUCCAAGUAUGUACUAUUAAUAUAUUGUUUCGUAUAUGAUUAUGAUUAUUAUUAUUAUUAAUGUGAUGUUUUUUUUAAUAUGAUGUUUUUUUUCAAAAUGAUGGGAAAACAAAAAAAAAAAGGCAGAGGUAUCGGUAUUGUCGCCGAGGGUGGCAUAUCUGGACCACCAAAGACUGGUACUGAACGUGGACAACAGUGUCCUCAAGCAAAGGAUUGCUGCCCUUACUCAGGAUAAACUCUUCAAAGAUGGUCUCCCCUCUCUCUCUCUCUCUCUCUCUUUUCACCCUCUUUUUUCUUUUUAAUUUAAAAAUAAAUGCUUAUUAGAUGAGUGAUGGAAAAUUUGAUUAGCGGGAGAAGAGAAAAGUGUGUUUAGGAAUAACAAUCAUAAUUAAAUGAGAGAGAUUUAACUAAAGCUACCUUUUUAAUAGGUUUCCUGAAUUCUGUUAAAUUGCUCACCAAGACGCAUUGAAGAGGGAGAUAGAGAGGCUGAGGCAAGUUUAUUACCAACAAAACCUAAAGAUUAAUACUAAUAUGGAUGGUGAGGGUGAUGAUGAUCAUGAUGAUGAUGAUGUUGAUGAUGGUAAUGGUAAUGGCACACAACCAACCCAUCAUGCUUCUUCUCCUUCUCAAAACAAAGAACAAGUUGCAGCCCAUUGAUUCACCACCUCCAUUCAAUUCAAGGUACAUUUCAUACUUCAUUCAAUUCCAAUUCAUAUUACUUCUUCCGUCCCGAUGUAUUUGUCCAGUUAAAUAUUUAAUACUCCCUCCGUUUCUCAAAAGAGUUCCUCUUUUGACUUUGGGGGAAAAUAAGGAAGUGUUAAAUUGUAGUUGACUUUCCAAUUUUGCCCUUGAUGUGAUGGGUAAAAAUAAGAUGUGAUAGUUUGG